AUGCAACCUGUGGAUCUAGAUCUUGAUACUGGUGCAAAUGCCAAUUUUUGGGAGCCCCAUCAAUAUUCCCGAACGGUUAAGAGGGCAGAAAAUGCCAAUAAACUCUGUUCUGAGUUCGCUCUGAUGAUUCAGGAGCGAGCAGAUAUUGAAAAGGCUUACGCCUCGAAUCUUCGCAAGUUUGCUGCCCGACUCGAAAUGUUUCUGCGAACUGGUGUGGAGUAUGGCACUGCCACCAAUAUCCUCUCUGGCCUAGCUAAAGAAGCCGAAGAUAAUGCGGAACUACAUUCCAAUAUUGCUGCUGGUCUUAUCAACCCUGUUCAAUUGGGCAUUAAAAACUGGCAAAGGGAGAACUUCCACAAAAGUUCCAUCUCCACAUCGAUCAAGGAGGUUAAAAACUUCGACUCGGAAUUUGAAAAUGCCCAGAAGACCUGGUACAAGCACUACAAAAAUGUAAACCGUUGCAAGAAGGAGUAUUUUCAUGCCUGUAAGACUGUUAGGUCGUUACAAGUUCAAGUUCAAAAUGCGAAGAACGAGCCGUUUGGAACUCCUGAACAACAGGCCCAACGUGGCAAGGAGUUGCGGAAGAUGGAGGAUAAAUUGAGAAAGGGGAUAAUGGAGGAGGAGAAGACGCGAAAAGCCUACGAGGAGGCUAUAUCCAGUCUAUCAGAUGUCACACCUCGCUACAUUGAAGAUAUGACACAGGUGUUUAACAAGGCGCAGGCGUUUGAACGUGAACGCAUCGUCUACUUCAAAGAGCAGGCCCUCCAAAUGCAGGCGGUUUUGGAUAUCUCGGCGAAACCGAACCUCUCUCAAAUCUUCGUCGAGCUGAGGGAGACUGUCGCCAAGGUGGACGCCGAUGCUGAUUUAAAGAAGUGGUCUCUUGCCUACGGUGUCGAUAUGGCUCCCAAUUUCCCCGUAUUCCAGGAAUACAGCCCCGAGAUGUCUGCGCUGGGUAAGAAGGGCAGGUCAGCCCUCGCGGAUGGCAGUAGCGGGGGCGUGACAUUGACAAGCUUGAAGACAUUCACCUCACCGGAUCGGGGUGGACCUAUCCCUGGGACCACUGACUCAGGCUCUAAUAUCUCCACCUCUCCUGUCCACACUACCAAUGGCUUCAUCGCAGAAGCCCCAUCUACCAACCUAGAUGAGCCUUCUGAAUCGCCCAAAUUGUCUGAUCCACCAACUUCUGACAUUGAUCAAGCCGAUAUCACUAAGGAGCACUUAAUUGUACCGACAACGGCGGAAAGUUGUCGCCCUGUAGAGGUGGACAAUCUAUCCAAUAUCUCGAAACGUAAGCGCAGCCCCAGUAGUGUUCAAUCCGUGGAGGAGCAGGCCGGCGAGGCGAAGAAGGCGGAAGUGGCAGAAGACGAAGCCGACACCGAGGACGAAGCAGCAUCAGCAGCCGAAGAAUCGCAGAAGCUUGUCACCAAUGACUACACCUCCUCGGUGAACGGAGCUGCGGCAGCUGUAUCGAAGGAGAAGCAGCGCGUAGAUGACACUCCACCCUACCCGGAUUUUGUGGACGAUGGCAGACCUGGUGUGCCCAUUCGUGCGCUCUACGAUUACGUGGGUGUAGAGGCGGACGAGCUCUCCUUCAAUUCGGGUGAUCUAUUCGAGAAGUUGGAAGAUGAGGAUGAGCAAGGCUGGUGCAAGGGUCGAAAGGACGGUCGCGUUGGUCUCUAUCCCGCCAACUACGUUGAGAUUGCCUCUGUCCUGGCGCGAGUUUUGACACCACCACAGCCACCAACACCUUGCGAUUGUGAUGUCCCCUCGUUCCCCCUCCUCCUCUCCCCGUCUUCAUCUCAUUUCAAUUACUCAUACUCCCUCCUCCCCUCUCCACUGCCCAUUUCUUCCAACCACAUUCUACUACACUUAGAUGCCAUUAUCACCGCCUUCACCCCCACCUAG